AACAAAGAGUCCUCCCACCCCGCGUUCUCAUUUGAACUGCGCAGCUCUGCCGGUGUUCGGAGCCCUCACAAUUCAGUGCGCAGCGUUGCGUGCUGCACGUCUCUACCAGACGAUUUCUCAGCAGAGACUUGCAGGAUCUUAGACUCCCAUGAGCCUCUUUCGUGGCCGCUUACUUUCUCUUUUUCCAAUUUUCUUUCUUUCGCACUAAUUAGAGCGUUCAAGGAGGAAGAGCUAGGGAAUAUAUAGAAAAGAAAAGAAAAGAAAAAAAAAAAAACUCAGACUCUCAUGGCGCGGGCCGGCUACGCAGAGUAUCCGCCGGAGCUGACGGAGGCGGAAACCCACUAUCUGCUAAGCAAUGUCAAGGACUGGUCGAUAGCUCAUGGCCUGGCCGUGCGGCCAUCGCCAGGCUUCGUGCCGCAGGAGCGUGAUCCAGGCAUGGCGUUGGCUACGACGGCGCCCGUCACCUUGUUUCCCAGCCUGUUCCCGCGGGCCUGCUUUGAAGAAGCCCUCGCGAUACAGCAGUCUUACAACAAGUUGUACUCCGGCAUUGCGCGGGACGAGCAGUGGCUGCGGCCUAUCAUCGAGGAGCUUAAGGACGUUGAUUCCUUCGUUGCCGAUCUGUGGAAGGUGCACGUCGCCGUCGCGAAGGAGGGCUACGCGCAGGACCUCUCUCUCGGACUCUUCCGCUCGGACUACAUGGUGCAUGUCGACCCAGCCAACAAGGACGCUGCUCCCGGAAUCAAACAGGUCGAGUUCAACACAAUAGCGUCCAGCUUUGGCGGACUGUCGUCCAAGGUGUCGGCGCUUCAUCGCCACCUAGAGUCCAUAGGCGCAUACCCCAGUCCGUUGUCUGAAACCGUGAACGCGACAUCGCUUGCUCCCAGCAAGUCCGUCGACUCGUUGGCGGCAGGGCUGGCUGCCGCGCACAAGGCGUACGGUUCGCCGAGAGAAGGCCGUACGGCAUGCGUCCUGUUCGUAGUGCAGGACCCGGAGCGCAACGUCUUCGACCAGCGGCACUUGCAAUACGCGCUAACGGCCAAGCACGGCGUGCCUGUCUUCCGCCUCCCGUUCUCACGCAUCCUGGCCGACACGGAGCUCGCGUCGGACCGCACGCUGCUGUACCGCCCUCCACAUGCGGCCGCAACCGCGUUCGAGGUGACCACCGUGUACCUGCGCGCCGGCUACUCGCCAGACGAGUACAGCGGCGCGCAAGCGUGGGAGGCGCGCCUACACCUCGAGCGCAGCCGCGCGAUCAAGUGCCCGAGCGUGCUCACGCAGUUGGCCGGCUGCAAGAAGAUCCAGCAAGUGCUCGCCACGCCUGCCGCGCCGCACGUGGGUCGGUUCCUGUCGUCCGCGUCGGAGGCCGCCCGCGUGCUCGCCACCUUCGCCCCCAUCUAUCCGCUAGACGCGGCCAGCGAGGCCGGGCGUGAGGCGCGCACUCUCGCACUGGACCCGGCGACGGCCACCCGCUAUGUGCUGAAGCCGCAACGCGAAGGCGGCGGCAACAACGUGUACCGCGCUGCGAUCCCGCCGUUCCUGCGCGGCACGCCAGAGCAGCACUGGCCGGCGUACAUCCUCAUGGAAAUGAUCGAGCCGCCGGCGCAGCGCAACGCCAUCUUCCGCAACGGCGAGGUCCAGGCCGGCGGCGUCAUCUGCGAGCUGGGCGUCUACGGCGUGUGUCUGUGGCGCCACGGCAGCGGCGAGAUCCUGGAGAACUGGGAAGCCGGCUACCUGCUCAGGACCAAAGGGGACCAAAGCGAGGAGGGCGGCGUGGCCGCCGGGUUUGGAGCGGUGGACAGCUGCUGUUUGGUGUGAUCCGUCAGUCGCUUCCGUGUGUGUGGGCGCUCUGACGAUCGUGAUAGCGAAAGUAGGGCAGGACCGCUUUACACUUUCCUAAGGCCGAAGGGGCCAAGGGGAGGUCGAAGAUUGCGGGACGAUGUGUGCACGUUGUAUGAGUAGAAGUAGAUAACUUGGAGAUACUGAUAUUGGGCCGUCUGAUCCGCAUCGCCUCUCAAA